CCAUUGAAGUCGGCGUUGAGUUGGAAGAGGUAUCUUGUGUACGCGAGACAAAUCAGGGUCACCUUUCCUGUUUAUAUCUUUUACCCUCUUCGUUAAAGUAGGUCUAUCCUUUCCAGCGGACUUUCUGUUGGUCAGUGUUUGGCAGCUGGUGUUUUCACUUCACCCGCCUGCCAAACGGACUUUUAGCGGCAGAUGAGAGCGACAGGCGGGGUGUUGGUAGCUGUUCGGUGAUAAGAGAUAAAGUGGGUAAAAGGUGGCUGUCAGGAACAGAUAAAAUUGACAGCAACGGUCUAAAAGCGACAAUGUAGCGGUUACAAGCUGUACGGGAGGACACGGUGUGUUGGCAGACCGGCUGGAUGUCCAAAAAUGUUUCUCCUUGUGGACUUACUGAACCAGAAACACAUCGACACCCUCAAAGACUGAGUCCGGAGAAAGCAAUACAAAGAGAUUUAUUUUUAUUUUUUGACGAAAUUAUCAAGUAUCAUAUAUUAUCUGGUAAAUAGCUGUGAAAUAGGACGAUGUGUCUUUUAAUACGCGUGCCAGGCUGCACACACAAAGUGCAUCUAUCCAGGUUGAAGCUAAUGCAUUCUAGGUUGUUAUGGCUGGAGCAUCGUCCGACCUUCUCAGCUGCCCUCCGGAGGACGAGGCAGUCAUCCGGGCUCAAAUCCUCACUCCAUCCGAACCUGGCAUUCCCUGUGUGGGCUCCCAGGCCCUACAUUACGGUCCUACCGCGCAGCCCCCUCACGGGUGUCCCUGUGCUCUGCGCACACAGCCGGACUCUCGCUCGCACACCUGUUGCCUUUGCUAGCUCUUCAGCGGCCUCUACACCCUCACCUGCCGGAUCAGUGAAGACCCAGGCGGACACAGAAAGAAGCCAGGCCCCCACCACGGUCCCCCUGGAGGAUGUUAAAAGGAUUUUGAGACUGGCUCACCCGGAGAGAGGAAGACUGGCAGCUGCUAUAGGCUUCCUGACUGUCUCCAGUGCAGUAACGAUGUCAGCUCCCUUCUUCCUGGGCAGAGUGAUUGACACCAUUUACGCCAGUGCAUCAGACACCGAGACGAUGACGGCCUCGUUGACGUCGCUGUGUAUCAUGCUGGCGGGGGUGUUUCUGUGUGGUGGAGCGUGUAAUGCCGCCAGAGUCUACCUCAUGCAGUCCUCAGGGCAACAGAUUGUUCGUAAUCUCCGUGCCUCCGUCUUCUCCUCCAUUCUCAGACAGGAAGUGGCAUUCUUUGACAAGAAUAGGACUGGCGAGCUUAUAAACCGUCUCUCUGCUGACACGGCCGUGGUGGGCCGCUCAAUCACAGACAACUUGUCAGAUGGGCUGAGAGCCGUUGCCCAGGCAGCUGCUGGUGUCAGCAUGAUGUUCUACGUCUCGCCCAGUCUUGCGAGCUUUGUGUUGCUGAUUGUUCCUCCUAUGGCCGGUCUUGCUGUCAUCUAUGGCAGAUACCUUCGCUCAAUCUCCAAGCGCACACAGGACGCACUCGCACAAGCCACACAGUUGGCAGAGGAGCGAAUCAGCAACAUGCGGACAGUCAGAGCUUUCGGUAAGGAGCUGUCAGAAGUCGACAAAUACACACAGAAGACUGACCACGUCCUCGGCCUGGCUAAGAAGGAGGCUGUGAUGCGGGCUGGUUUCUUUGGAGUGCGUAAAGAAGCCCCCAUUUUCCAGAAUCUGAAUCUCUUGGUCCCGGCCGGUAGCAUCAUGGCUGUGGUGGGGGCGAGUGGAUCUGGGAAAUCAUCCAUGGUUUCACUUCUUCUCAGGCUGUACGACCCCGAUGCUGGUGUGAUCACCAUCGACGGUCAUGACAUCAGGGAUUUAAAUCCUUACUGGCUCAGAAGUCGCAUUGGAACUGUUAGCCAGGAGCCGGUGCUCUUUUCCUGCUCUAUCAGAGAGAAUAUCGCUUAUGGAGCGACAGAUCCAGAUGCUGUAACCACAGAGGACGUCUACAGAGCAGCCAAAGUAGCCAACGCCUAUGACUUCAUCCAGACGUUUCCUAAAGGCUUUGACACUGUGGUGGGGGAGAAAGGAGUGCUGCUGUCAGGUGGUCAGAAGCAGAGGAUAGCCAUAGCCAGAGCUCUACUCAAGAAUCCAAAGAUCCUGCUUUUAGAUGAGGCUACCAGUGCGCUGGAUGCUGAGAAUGAGUUUCUUGUCCAGGAGGCUUUGGAGCGUCUGAUGGAAGGGAGGACAGUCGUGAUCAUCGCUCACCGUCUCUCUACGAUUAAGAACGCGGACGCUGUUGCUGUGCUGGACCAGCGGCGCAUAGCUGAGUGUGGCCAGCCCACUGAGCUGCUAGGAAACAGGCAAGGACUAUUCAGGAAGCUGAUGGAGAAACAGGCGUUUCUACAGGAAGAGCAGCAGCGAGCACUUAUCUGAUCGGACAGGGAGCACGGAUGCGUGAAUGAUAGAGAAAUCAGGAGGUGAGGUCAGUGUCUGUGAUAACCUUUGAACUCCAGUUGAAGGGAAGCCACUGGAAAAAAUCAAAUUUUAUUUCUGCUUUUCUUUCUGUCUCGUUGCUGAAAAGACUGCCGUACAUAGCAUCACAUGUGGAUCACUCAGUACUUUUUGAAAAUAUCUCAUCUUAUGCUGAAGAAGGUGAGAUUAAGAGAAAGGACUUAUAACUACAGUUUUAGGGGAAAAGCUCAAAUCCUGUUUUCUAUCAUUCAGACGUUCAGGAGGAAUUUUGAAGAAUUUAAAUGUGACACUGUGUCUGCGUCUGGAUUUCUUUUUUUUUGGUCAAGUUACCAAAACAGUCCAGAUUGAUUUUUACAACUCUGCUAAAUGUAUAUUUGUUUUUGUCUCUCUACAGCUGAUUUUUUUUUUCUAUAAAGACUUGAAGCCUUUUACUGUCAUAUUAGAGUCUAAAGAACUAAUGAAACAAAUGAGCAGCUAUAUAUAUAUUUAUAUAUAUAUGUAUGUGGUGUUUACACCCUUGUAAAACAGGACUGAACACUAUUUUAAUACAUUUUGAUUAAUGUAAGCACAUUUGUUAGUUUUAGUCUAAACCAGUUAGUUCAGUUACACUCGUGUAACUGUUUGUGUUCAGGAUUUAACUGACAGCCUUGAAACUGUUGAACUCUACUGUCUUUGUUUGUCAAAUGUAAUACAAAUAAGUUCAGAUGCAGGGUAAAGCUGACUGAGGCUGCUGAGCAGACACUUUUAUGUUUGGAGAUCUGCUGCUCUCAAGGAGGAAGGACACUGGAGUCAAGUCAAUAGCGUCUGUGCGGGUCUGCGUAUCAUCAAAACGUCUAUUUCACUGUCAGAAAUCCACAUUUUCAUCAUCUUAUAUUGUUUUCAGAAAGCUAUGCAGCGCAGAUGAGUUUAACCUUUUAAUUUGGAAAAGCCGAAAACGGCAUUGCACCUUUAGACAUGUGAGUGUACAUGUGAGCACAGGUGACGCUGCUUAAAACUGCCUAUGUGGCACAAUCGUCUCCUCUGUGCACAGCGGGGUGUUUACUGGAUGUGCACUUGGCUGGCUUUAAGUUCUCUAUAGACAUGUAACCAUCUACAUGUAGCUACAGUGCUGAAGCUUAUAAGACACAGACUCAGAAGCGAUGACACUCCUGCAUAAAUAUUAGGUUGAUAAAUGCCCUCUUCAUGUCUCACUGAGAUUCUGUUUGAGAGGAUAUUCCUUCAUUUUUAACCCAGACAUGUAAAUGUCCUGAGGCCAAAUUCCUUGCUUCUCUAUCAGAAACGGCUCCUUUUGAUUUGUCGCUGUAGAGCCCAGUUAACCUUUGUAACGAGUAGCUGGGAACAUUACUGAUUACUAGUCUGCAUUAGUUACUAAACUCCUUUUAUAUUUCAGUGAGUGAGAAAAAACAAGCAACAUGAAGGACUCGUAUAAUUUAUCACGUAUCAUUAAUAUAGAUGUUAUAGUGCUGUCUUACACAUACUUGCUGUUUGUUACAUUUGGACACUCUGGUCCAUUUUGAACUAAUUAAUCGUUGGAAACUGUCUAUGACAACUGGCUAAAAUAUCAAUUUAGCUCACAGUUUGUAGGCAGUGAUGUGAGGUGGCUCAUAAGUGACACUAAUGCAGAUGUAGUUUUUGGGGAAAUUAAUCCGGCAUUGAUCUGCAGUGACUUAUCUUGUGUGUCACUUUUAGAGUUAUUUAUUUAUUCAUUGCAGCGUGUAGCCUGUGUUUCAGGUGGAUUUUAUCUGUGUGUUCUUUAUGUUAAGUAUAUUGAACACAAGGUGGUUUAUUGUGGACCCGUUUCUUCUUUAUCAUUUUUUUUUUCACUUUAGAAGGAAAAACAAUUUUACUCAAAUCACAUUCGAGUUUCACAUCAUUGAGACAUGUUAGUCCACAUUUUAGAGCUAAGUUUACUUGAAAAGUUGCCUUGAAUGUCUUUUUGCUAAACUGGAGAAGCUGGAGAGUAAAUUCACUCCACACUAAAGUAAAUGCUGAACGUCCAGCUGACAGCAGGUCAAUGUGCUCACACAACUCACAGCUGCAAGUUUCUUUUUCUUUUUCUAACUUGUAAAUAGUGAGAUAUAAAUAUGACACGGUGGGUUUUAAUGAUUUUUUUUUUUUUGUGGUCAAUAAAUUAUAAUACUUCUAUGUAA